CACGAAAAGUCACGGCCGGGGCUCAGCUCCACGCCCUGCAGAGAGCCGUGAGGCUGAGAUUUGGGCCAGAUCAAUCAGACCGGGCGACCGGAAGACCAGGAGGGAAGCGCGCUGAGUAUAUUGUGUUGCUUUCAUUUCUCUCCAUUUCUUCUUCGACUCGGCAGGAUCCUUUCCCCACCCUCCUCCUCCCCUCCUUCUUCCCCCUUCCUGCUGAUCAUUUGGGGGGAAACACUUAUUGGGUGAAAUUAGGUAAAUAAAGGAAGACUGAAGCUCAGGGAGAUGGGAGAAACUUGCCUAUGUCCAGAGAGUUUGUGGGGAUGCUGGGACCUUGGGCCCCUUUGGACUGACUGGUGCUCUCUUCUCUAAGCCUAAGCUGGACCGGCUUUCUACCUCUUCGUUUCCCAUCUCUUCCUCGUACUUUUUCUGGAAUAGUUUCUUGUGCUGAGGGGAGAUUUUUCAAAGCUGUCUGUAGAACCCCCUGAAGUCAGAGACAACCGUGAAUGGGACAGGACUGCAAAGCCACCCCAUGACAGAAAAGGGGUGACACUUUCUUCCUUGUCUCCCCAGCUUGCAUUUUUUAAAAAUCCAUCAGAACAUCUACAAAGCCGUUGAAGAUAGGCACCAUGGCUUUCUUGUCCUGUGGGCACUUAGGAAAAAGUGCUUUAUGAAUGGAUGGAUAAGUGCUGGUAGAGGAAACCCGGACGACCAAGAACUCAGCAGUCUCAUUCAUCUCUUCUUUGCUCCUUACUCGUCUUUCGGCAGGCAAGAUCCAUUCUGAGGAAACAGGUAGAGAGUAAAACACAGCUUAGUGGUGAUGCAUGUGGCCCUGCGGAGGGACGGAUGGGUCACGUGUAGCCAAGGAAGGGCAUGGUUGGGUGAGCCUUAUUCCAAACCCCUCCUUCAAGUCCCUUUCCUGGGUAGUGAUUCUCUCCACCCUCAGGUAAAGUCAUAGGUUUUAAUGUCCAGCCUCAUUUCUCAUGAGGCCACGUCAUACCUCUUACCUGAGCUAGAGGGCAGGCCCCUCCUUCCACCUCCGUGUCGGUCAUCGUGAGUCUCCCCGGUGGACCUCUGUUUUUCAUCCCCUUCCGGUUUCCCCUCCUCUCUCCUCCCAGCCUAUAUCAGCCAGGAACUUGCAGCUUCUUCGUUAAAACGUUACUUAUGUUCCAGGUGCACAAUGCUCACCCAGGCAAGCCCUAACCUCCUCACUAAGUUCCGGGAAGGUGGCGACUGCACUGUCAACUCCGGUGGGUCCUGUGUGAGCGCCAGCACGAUGGCUGGCCCCACCAUCAACGACAGCAGCAUGAGUCCAAGUGUCUGCAGUAGCACCAUCAGUGCCCAGCCCACCCCCCCUUCGGAUGUCCAAAGGUGUGGUCCAAAGAAGCGGGAAAGAGUGAUCAAGAGAAUUUUCUGGGGCAUUGAGGUGGCUGAGGAGCUGAAGUGGAGAGGCUGGGAGCUGGGGAAGGAGACCACAAGGAACCUGGUCCUGAAAAAUCUCUCCUCGAAGAUCCAGAGGAUAAAGUACAGGCCUCCCAAGACCAAGUUCUUCUUCACGGCCAUCCCCCAGCCCGUCUUCCUGAGCCCAGGCAUCACCUUUACAAUCCCCAUCGUCUUCCGGCCUCUGGAGAAGAAGGAAUACCUGGACCAGAUGUGGUUUGAGAAAGAAGAGGGGACAUUCACUGUGUCUCUGAGGGCCAUCUUGCCUUGCCACAAGCUAGUUUGCCCACCAUCUCUCCAACUGCCCAUGUGUGCCAUUGGGGACACGGUGGAGGCCUGGUUCUGCCUGGAGAACGUGGGGGACCUGACUACCUUCUUCACCUGGGAGCUCCCCAGCCCAUUCCAGAUCUUCCCCACUACGGGAUUACUGGAGCCAGGCUUGGCCUGUAGGAUGAAAGUGGUCUUCCAGCCCUUUGUAGCUGUCGUCCAUGAAGUUGAGGCCAUAUGCAGCUAUGGAAAGGACAGCAGGCAGAAGAGCAGCAUCCAGCUGCAGGCUAUAGGCAAAUGUGCUCAGCUGCUGGUGAGCAUAAGACACAAGCGCUCAGAGGACAAAGAUACGGAGGGCCCCCAGAAAGUGUUGCACUUUGGCCCUGUCUCUGUGGGCUCCAUCGCUGAGCGGCAGAUCAGACUGCAUAACCCAUCCUCAGUGAACGCUCCCUUCAGGAUUGAAAUGGUUUCAGACACUCUGUCCAAAGAGCAGGCAUUCUCUUGCUCCAAGAGUUAUGGCAUCGUGCCCCCCGGCGAGAGGAAAUGUGUGUCUGUGUUCUUCCAUCCCAAGACCUUGGACAGUAAAACUGUGGAAUAUUUCUCCAUCCUGCCUGCUGGAUGUGCUUCCCAAACUCUGCUCCAAGUCGUUGGUUUCUGUCGAGGUCCUGUUGUGUCCCUUCAGCACUACUGUGUCAAUUUCAGCUGGGUCAAGCUUGGGGAGCAAUCAGAGCAGACCCUGUGGAUUGAGAACCAGUCACGUUGCUUGGCCCACUUUCAAUUUAUCAUUGACUGCCAGGAGAGCGUCUUCAAUAUCAGCCCUACCUUUGGGACCCUGGUGGGCAAGGUCCGCCUGACCCUGCACUGUACUUUCCAGCCCAAGCACCCCAACAUCUACUUUCGACGAGUGGCCUGUCUUAUCCACCACCAGGACCCACUGUUCCUGGACCUGAUUGGGACCUGCCAUUCGGAGACCAUCAAGCCAGUCAUCCUGAAACCUCGACAUCUCACCUGGUACCGCACCCACCAGGUUCGGGGCCUGGUGUCAUACCCUCCCGACAUCCUGACCGCCAUGCUAAGGGAGAAGAAGCUAGCGCGGGAUGCAAAUGGGGCGCUCAUGUUGCCCAAUGAGGGCACGGAGAACGCACCAGCCCUGCAGUUCCCCGGUAUCCCGCCCAUGACGGAGUUCUUCUUCGAUGGCACCAGUGACAUGACCAUCUUUCCCCCUGUGGUCCAUGUAGAGCCUGCUGAGGUGGACUUUGGUGCCUGCCCUGGGCCUGAGACCCCCAACCCUAUCCCCCUGUGCCUUUUGAACCACACCAAAGGCAAGAUCUCAGUAGUCUGGACACGCAGGUCUAAUUGUCCCUUCUGGGUGACUCCGGAUACCUUCGAUGUACCCCCACUCAAGUCCAUGGCUCUGCGUCUGCACUUCCAGCCGCCCAGCCCCAACAGCCUCUAUGCGGUGGAGCUCGAGGCCUUCGCUGUCUAUAAGGCACUGUGGAAAUACAGUAACAUAGAAGAGGAUUGCACCGUGUCCCCACCCUGGUGUCUGAAGGUGCAGGUUCGAGGCCACAGCUAUAAUGCUGUCUCAGAACACCGCAUACCCCAGUAUGCUCUGGAUACACCCAAGCUGUUUCCUGCAGUGCCUUCUGGUGAGUCUUCCUACCGCAGCCUGCUUCUGGAAAACAAAGGUUCCGAUUUGCUGACCUUCAACCUGACCCCCAAGAGCAGCUCGGAUAUCACCCUCCGACCCACCUCCGGCAUUAUAGCCCCUGGAGCCCACCAGAUCUUUAUGAUCAGCACCCACCCCAAGGGCACCUCCUGGAAGCAACAUCUUUUCUACCUGCAGUUCAACUUUUACCCCCAAUAUCUCAAGGAGGUGAGCAUGCAGAGCCGGGAGGAACCAGUGCAGCUGAAGCUGGACACCUGCAAAAGCAUCUACUUCAAGCCCACCUGGGUGGGCUGUUCUUCCACCAGCCCUUUCACAUUCCGCAACCCCACACGCCUGCCUCUGGAGUUUGAAUGGAGGAUCUCCCAGGAGCACCUGAAGACCCUGACCGUCCAGCCCUCCAAGGGGAUCGUCCAUCCCAAUGAGAGCCUUACACUGUCGUGGAUCUUCAGUCCCUUGGAGCAGACCAAGUACCUCUACCGAGUGGGAAUGUGGGUCUGGGAAGCCGGCCGGAACCUCAACACCAAGCCUCAAUCCGCCACCCACUACAUGAUCCGGCUGGUGGGCAUGGGUACCACUGCCAGCCUUGCUGCAAAGGUGAAAGAGCUGGACUUCGGGAACGUGCUGGUGAACAGCAGGCAAUCCAGGGACCUGGUUCUCCUGAAUGAAGGCAACUGCACCAUCUCUUACCGCCUGGUCCUGGAGCAGACUAGUCCCGAGGGCUUAGAACAUGACCUCCCAGCUCUGCAGCUGGACCGCUCCGAGGGGAGCAUGCCGCCCCGCUCCCAGGACACCAUCGGCUUGACGGCCUGCCCUAAGCACAGGUUCCAGUACUCCUGGACCAUCAGCUACUCUCUCCUGUCCCACAGAGAUAACAAGGUUAGUGAGAAACAGGAGCUGUGUCACGUCUCCCUGGCGGCUGUGUAUCCUCUGCUCUCCAUCCUGGAUGGCUACUCCAUGGGCAGCACUGAAGGCAUCACCAGGAAGUAUCUGUGGCGCCUCUUCAACCUUGACACACUCAACAAUUACCUGGCACACGAACCCACCCCCAAGGAGCUCACCUACAAGGUGCCCACUAGGCACAGCAUCAGCCAGAUGCCUACUGUCUUAACCCCUUUGAAUCUUGACUUCAAUUUUGGGGCAGCACCGUUCAAGGCUCCACCCUCUGUGGUACUCCUGGCCCUGAAGAACACUGGAGUGGUGCCCUUGGACUGGGCCUUCCUCUUCCCAAGUGACCAGCAGCUCGACAUUGAGUUGUGGGCAGAGCAAGUAGAGCUUAACUGUGCGGAGCUCCAUCAGAUGCGCGUGGAAGACAAUUGCCUCUUCUCCAUCAGCCCCAAGUCUGGGAGCCUGUGUCCUGGCCAGGAGCAGGUGGUGGAGCUCAAAUACAGCCACCUGUUCAUAGGCACAGAUCGCCUCCCCGUACUCUUCAAGGUGUCUCAGGGCCGGGAGAUACUGCUGAAUUUCAUAGGUGUGACUGUGAAGCUAGACCAGAAGUAUGUGCACUUUGCUUCCACCGACCACAGUUUCAUCCCUGUCCGCAUCGGCGACGCGCUGCCCCCACGGCAGGUGAGUGAUCUAGAUCGGCUGCACCAACAACAAGUCUUAACUGUUGAUCGCUGCGUAUCUGCAACAGCUGUUGGCAGUUGACAAAGACACUGCCCUGCCCCUA